GGAGAGAGAGGGAGAGAGAGAGAGAGAGAGAGAGAGAGAGAGAGAGAGAGAGAGAGAGAGAGAGAGAUGCUGUCUGGUGUUGAGUCCGGUGUGAUUUAUCUAUCCUACUCUGCUGCUGUCGGUAACGGACCGGCUGCGCACACACCUACACUCCUAUCUCUGUCACACACACACACACACACCGGGAGGACCGGACUGGCUCACUGGGAAGAAGAGGGGAGGAAGAGGGGAGGAAAGAGACACAUGUCCCACCGGACCGAGCAGGGGAAUGUACCGGAUUCCGGUCUGUCCCGCACUGAGGGCUGCGCUGCGUUAACGGGACACGACACCGGGCUGAGCCGGGAGAGGGAGGACCGGACCGGGAGAGAGUGAAGAGGAGUCACCUGGCUGCGCAGGGAGGAGGAGGGAGGGGUGUUGGAGCUGUAGCCCGGCUCACAGAGCUUUGUUUUGGGGUUUACGACACCGUUUGCGCGCCACGGAGAGUCGGCGCAAAGUUUCCUCGAUGGCGCUGGUGAUGGAGCCGGUGAGCAAAUGGAGCACCAGCCAGGUGGUGGACUGGAUGAAAGGUCUGGACGACUGCUUGCAGCAAUACGUGUGUGUGUUUGAGCGCGGCGGUGUGUGCGGCGAGAGGCUGCUGAGGAUUAGCCACGCCGAGCUGGAGGAGCUGGGAGUCUCUCGCAUCGGACACCAGGAGCUCAUUCUGGAGGCCGUCGACUUGCUCUGUGCUCUGAACUCAGGUCUGGAGACGGAGAGCGUCAGGACUCUGGCUCACAAACUCGGCGCCUCGGCCAAAAACCUGCAGAACUUCAUUUCCGGCCGCCGCCGCAGCAGCCAGUCAGAGAGCAGGUCCUCACGGCGGCUCCCCAACGAUCUGCUGACCUCCGUAGUCGACCUCAUCACCGCCGCUAAGAGCCUGCUAGCCUGGCUGGACAGGUCUCCCUUUGCUGCAGUGGCAGACUACUCAGUAACCCGAAAUAAUGUCAUUCAGCUCUGCCUGGAGCUCACCACCAUUGUACAGCAGGACUGUACGGUGUUUGAGACGGAGAACAAAAUCCUUCAUGUGUGCAAGACUCUGUCGGAGGUGUGCGAGCACAUUGUGUGUGUGUCAUCUGACCCGCUGGUUUCUCAAUCGGCCCACCUCGAGCUGGUUCACCUCACCAACAUCAAACCCUCUGAAGGCCUGGGAAUGUACAUCAAGUCAACCUAUGACGGCCUCCAUGUGAUCACAGGAACUACUGAAGGGUCUCCGGCUGACCGCUGUAAGAAGAUCCAUGCGGGAGAUGAAGUCAUUCAAGUCAAUCACCAGACUGUGGUGGGCUGGCAGUUACGUAACCUGGUCGGCUCACUGAGGGCCGAUAAAGGCGUCGUGUCCCUGACCCUGAAGAAGCGUCCACAGAGCACGCUCAGCUCCGCCCCUGCUCUGCUGAAGAACAUGCGCUGGAAACCCCUCGCUCUGCAGCCGACCAGAAGCCCAGGCAGCAGUUCAGCUACACCCUCAGGCACACCAACCAAGAGCUCUGCUAUCCAGGACCUUUACAUCCCCCCUCCACCCGCUGAGCCUUACACACCCAGAGAUGAGACAGGAACCUUGCCUGGAGAUGAGGCAUCUCGUAACCACGGUGGCGUCAGCGUUGCUAAGCGCUCUGAGUCACCAAACUCCUUCCUGGAUCAAGAGUCUCACCGGCGAGAAGAGGAGGAGCCCGUGUACUGCACCACACCUACAUAUGGCAGGCUGAGGCCCAUCUCCAUGCCUGUGGAGUGUAACUGGGUGGGCGACUAUGAGGAUCCAGCCAAGCUUAACAGAGAAAGCCGCAGAGAGGCGACACUGAUGCGUUACGUGGGACUGUCCGGCGUGGACGAGAGGACUGGCUGUGAGGACUACUCCUCCCAUACAGCUCGUCCGGGCAAACGGACCAACGACACGGCCAAACGCGCCAAGAGGCGGAGCCACCACAGCCAAAGCCCCUCCCACUACGUCCUCCAGGCAAAUCAGAGAGAUUCUCCACCGAGAGACCCGGCCUCCAUCUACCACACAUACCAACAGUCCUCCUCUCUGCAGUCAAAGAACAGGAAGAAGAAUAAAGGACGAAGUUUGGCCUCCCUGAGUCGGAGGCGCGUUUCCUGCAAGGCGCUGGGAAGAGGAGACUGCGAGGGCUGGCUGUGGAGAAAGAGGGAUGCAAAGGGUUACUUCUCUCAGAAAUGGAAGAAGUACUGGUUUGUUCUGAAGGACAACUGCCUGUACUGGUACAUCAACGAGGAGGAUGAGAAGGCCGAGGGUUUCGUCAGUCUUCCAGAGUUUAAGAUCGACCGGGCCAGUGAAUGUCGCAAGAAGUAUGCUUUCAAAGCAUGUCACCCCAAGGUCAAGAGUUUCUACUUCGCAGCAGAUGGAGUGGAUGACAUGAACAGGUGGCUGAGUCGUCUCAACAUGGCUGCUGUGGGCUACGCCGAGCGAGAGAGGAUACGCCAGGAGCAGGAUUACUGGAGUGAGAGUGAUCAUGAGGAUGACACCACCUCCAGCCCCAAACAGGACAGUCCCCCACCUCCAUAUGAUACCUACCCACGGCCUCCAUCGAUGAGUGCCUACUUGGAAGGCCGGACUCGACUGUCUUCCACGGAGACGUCUCGCUCCCGCUCCUCCCAGGAGGACUUCCUCUGUGGCGACCCACCCGCGGUGGCCGCGGAGCCGCAGUACCACCCCGGUCCCCUCGGGGGAGGCACCACGCACAGCGGGAGGAAACCAGGGGGCAGCAACAGCAGCGACGUGCAGUACAGAUGUGACACUGUAGAGUACCGGUCCAGUCCUGCGGGGGGCAGCAGUGAGACGGGGUCUCCGGGCCGCUCGUCCUCAUCUCAGAGACGUUCCUGGCAGGACCUGAUUGAGACGCCGCUGACUGAGGCUGGACUGCACUACCUACAAACUGGACCACUAGAGGACGCCGUCUUUGCCGAGCCCGGGCCCGGCGGAGGGAGUAUGAUGAUGGCCGGAGCCGUUUACACUCUCCCUGCGCAGAGGAAUGUCCCGUUGCCCAUGGCGAUGCAGAGGCUGAUUCCUAUGGCAACCCAGGGAGGGAAACCCCGCAGCUUCACACUGCCACGAGACAGCAACCUACACACUCUGCUCGCGCCCCCUGCGAAAGAAGAACAGCAAACACACAACGGCGGCAGCGAGGGUGCCUCCCUGGGCGACCUGUUUCGUGCGUGCGAGCAGGGCGGGGUGUGUCCCCUGGGUCGCGGGUCGGACAACAAAGGCCAGUUGGAGUGCAGGCAAUCGUUCCUCCGACGGGCCGCCGACCCUCAGCUCAACGAUCGGCUGCACCGCCUCCGCAUCCUGACCUCCACGCUGAAGGAUGUCCCGCCCCUGGACGCAGAGCUCCCAUCGGGAUGUUCAAAUUAGCCUGAAGGACAGCGAAGAACAGCCAAUGAGAUACUUUAAACAAAUUUCCUGUCUCUGCGUCUCUGCAUGUGUGUGUGUGUGUGUGUGUGUGUGUCUAUUUGUGUGUACACCUGUUUCCUCAAAACCCCUUGUUUUGAUUAUGACCACUACUUCCUGGUUCAUCAUCAUGUCCUUAAAAAGGGUGUUGUGUCUUUAUGAAAAUGUGGACGAACACACACACACACACACACACACACACAUACACAGAGCUCAGCGAUCUGCCUGCUAACUCGAUGUUCUACUGCUGCCUGCCCCCCCCGACGUCCUGUCAGUAUGAUUUGAUGUGUUUAUUUUGCAUUGUACUGUACUGUACUGUACUGUAUUGUAUAUAAGCUCAUAUUGUACAGCUGUACAGAGAGGGAGUGCGGUGCGUGUCACAGAGGACGCUGGGUUUUAUUUAUUUUUUUUCCAGAGAUUAAGGUUUAAAGUUCUGGAAGAAAUCGCCUCAUCCGCAGCAUGUUUGCUCAGAUUCGUGUCCCUGUACUGUUGCUUCGGCUGGGGUCGUUUACUGUCUUACGCUUCGCGUGCUGUCGGCAAUCAUCUUCUGACAUUCCAACCAAAGGUUAAAGGAAUAUUUCACCCAAAAUUGAAAAUUCGAUCAUAGUUUGACAUUUUAGGAAACAUGCUUAUUUGCUUUCUUGCACAGAGUGAGAUGUAAUAUGUUAUAGUUUUUUUAAUGUAUUUAUGCUAAGCUAAGCUAAGGUAAUUGUCUCCUGGCUGUAUGCUCAACAGACAGGUAUGAGAGUGGUAUCAAUCUCCUCAUUUAACUCUCGGCAAGAAAGUGAAUUCCCAAACACACACAGAAAUAGCCCCUGUGCUGUAAUUCCAUCUGAGCCUCCCUUCAUUACUAAAUACCAGUGUGUGUUUGUUUACAAGUUUUAGUUCUUUAAAGGGGCACUCAAGAGAUUCGGCAUUGCACUUUAAAGUUGGAGGACACAAAUCUAAAGAAAGAAUGGUCAAAGUCGAUGGAGCAGAGGCAGCAAUAUGCUGAUAUGCUUUUAGUCUCUAAGCUCCAGAACGCUGGAUCCUACAGUUUACAUAAUGCAACUAUAGAUAGUGUAACUUGUAUGCAGUGUUGAUGUUCAACGUGAUGGAUAACACAAUUUAGCAAGCUGCAAGAGUCUGACAUUAACCUUCAUCCUACCAAUAUAUUUAACAUACAAGGACUACAGACUGUAAGAAACAACCAUCAUAGCAUUAAUGUUACCUUAUUUCUUCUCAAAACAUCAUUAGUGUAUAUAUGAUUAAUAUCAUCUGAAGAAAAACAACAGAUUAUUGUUAUUUUGGGAAAGUUACAGUUCAUUUUUGCAUAAUGUGGACCCAUGGUAAACAUAUCUAUCAAUGCUGUUUUUUUCUAAUUUAACUGCAACUGGGUGCCUUUCACCGCGGUCUGUGGGGACCCCAGAAGUAGGAUGAGGGUUACUGGAAACCAAUGGAUGCCUAUAUAAUAUACAUUAAAAUGUUUUUUAUGUAAAGCACAUGUGAUUUCUAUUCUCCUAAAUCUUCUCCCAACAGCCUCUGCAGCACACUCCAUAAAGUGUCAGUAAAAGUACUCAAAAAUGGGCCCCCGUGAGUUUUAUUAGGGCUGCAACUAAUGAUUAAUUUCAUUAUCAAACAAAACAAUAACCGAUUAAACAUUUAGUCUAUAAAAUGACAAAAAAAAUAGCGAAAAAUGCCCCUCAGAGUCCAAGGUGUUCAUCAACAGUCUAAACUCAAAAGAUAUUCAGUUGACAGUGAUAUAAUAACAGAGAAAAGUAGUGAAAUCUCACACUGGUGAAGCUGGAACCAGAGAAUGGUUGAUGUUUUUCUUCAUAUGGCGAUUGGGUUAACUGUUUCAACUCUAGUUUAAUUUAUAGCAGCAUGUUUUGUUAGGCCUGUUAAAUAAUUGUAGGAGAGUAAAAAGUACAAUAUUUCCCUCUGGGAUGUAGUAGAGUAGAAGUAUAAAGUGGCAUGAAAUGGAAAUACUUGAUAACUAAUUACUUACGUACAGUAUUUGAGCUACUGCUUGCACAGUAAUGAUUUAACUGCUUCCAUACUUUAGGGUGCAUAUGCAGCCAGAGCAGUGCUCGAGAAGGAAAUGUAUUAUAGAAGUAAAUAGUGGAUUUUGGGAUCCACAUUGGAAACAUUUGGGCACAAAAUGCUUCAAUUGUGCUGCACAAGCUGUUUGGAGGAAAAUGUAAUGGACCUUUUAUUGCUUGCCUUUUGGAGCUAUAAAAAGAUGGUGCUGGCUAUUAAUCUGGGAGGAGGCUCAGAUGGAAGCACAGAGUGGAACUGGCUGUGUGUCGACCAGUCCCACAAACUUUACGGGAGUUUUGAAUGACGUGGGCUUUGACAAAAUAUAAUUAAUUUUGAAGGUGAACUAAUUCUUCAGGAAGGAACAGGAAUGUCUAUAUAUGGACGAAAGACUGAACACUUUAGAGCCGGCAGGGUAGUGCAUGGGGGGGGGGGGGGAAGUGUCUUUCAAUCAGUCAAUCAAUGCAAGGUUUGUCCAUAACGUUUAAAAGUGGUCCCCCUGCUGCAGUGUCCUUGAGCAAGACACUAAAACAAACUGAACUGUUUAUUGAUCAGAGAAAUGUCCUAUUACUAUAUUAGUUCUUUUUUCAGCUCAAAGAAAAUUCAGACAGACUUUGAUUUGACUUUUUGUUGGGGUACAUUUGUCGACUGCCACAUUUUGGCAGCGACCCAACACUGUUUGAUGGUUGUUUUCUAUUUUAUAAUUGUUGGGUAUAAAAGACACGGUGUCCAGAGGGGGAUCUAUGGAGCCAUCAGCCAAGUUGAAUUGUUCUGCACGGGCCAUUUGUUGUUAAAGGACCAUGCUGGUGUUGGUGCCAGUUUUAGCCCUUUAACCAGAAAUUAUUUACAUUACAUUUUCAAAAGCAUAACUUUUUUUUUAAUUGAUUUCCUGCCUUCCAGACAGCCCAUAUUUUCCAUUCAAUUCUUUACGAUAAGACACGAAAAUUGCUGACGUAUACUUUUUGUUUUGUUGCUUUUAAAGAGGACUUGUUAUGCUUUUGUGCUUUUUCCCUUUCCUUUAGUGUGUUUUGUGUACAUGUAAAAGGUCUGCAAAGUUACAAAGUCCACACCAAAGGGAG